GAAAAGGAGCCGACCCAAUGCCAAGCGGGAACGAGCGGGGCUGUUGAUGGCGUUUCGGUAUCGAAGCUGAGAGAAAAUUGCAGCUGUCGUUUUUUUUAAUGUAUAUUUAGCUAGCUUGCCUGCUAGCUGAACGAGGAGCAACUGAGGACUGAACAUGCCGCGGGAAAUCAUAACGCUUCAGCUCGGACAGUGUGGAAAUCAAAUCGGCUUCGAGUUUUGGAAGCAGCUGUGUGCAGAGCAUGGAAUCAGCCCGGAGGGUAUCGUGGAGGAGUUUGCAACGGAAGGGACGGACAGGAAGGAUGUGUUCUUCUAUCAGGCUGAUGACGAACACUACAUCCCCCGUGCUGUUCUCCUGGACCUGGAACCCCGCGUGAUCCAUUCAAUCCUCAACUCCCCGUACGCUAACCUGUACAAUCCAGAGAACAUCUACCUGUCUGAGCACGGUGGGGGUGCUGGGAACAACUGGGCCAGUGGAUAUUCACAGGGCAAAAAAAUCCAAGAAGACAUCUUUGAUAUCAUUGACCGAGAGGCGGAUGGUAGCGACAGUCUGGAGGGAUUCGUCCUCUGUCACUCGAUUGCCGGGGGAACCGGAUCAGGACUGGGCUCCUACCUGCUGGAGAGGCUCAACGACAGGUACCCGAAGAAGCUGGUACAGACCUACUCUGUUUUCCCGAACCAGGAUGAGAUGAGCGACGUGGUCGUUCAGCCGUACAACUCGCUGCUCACGCUAAAGAGGCUUACCCAGAACGCAGACUGCGUGGUUGUGCUGGAUAACACCGCUCUGAAUCGCAUUGCCACAGACAGGCUGCACAUCCAGAACCCCUCCUUUUCCCAGAUUAAUCAGCUGGUUUCCACGAUCAUGUCUGCCAGCACGACUACGCUGCGCUACCCAGGCUACAUGAACAACGACCUCAUUGGCCUGAUCGCCUCACUCAUUCCCACUCCCCGUCUCCACUUCCUCAUGACCGGUUACACGCCCCUGACCACUGACCAGUCGGUCGCUAGUGUGAGGAAGACGACCGUGCUGGACGUGAUGAGGAGGCUAUUGCAACCCAAGAACGUGAUGGUUUCUACGGGGAGAGAGAGGCAGCCCAGUCACUGCUACAUCGCUAUCCUCAACAUCAUCCAGGGAGAGGUGGACCCCACGCAGGUGCAUAAAAGCCUCCAAAGGAUCCGGGAGCGUAAACUUGCCAAUUUCAUCCCCUGGGGUCCUGCCAGCAUCCAGGUGGCUUUGUCCAGGAGGUCCCCGUACCUGGCGUCAGCCCACAGAGUGAGCGGCUUGAUGAUGGCCAACCACACAAGCAUCUCUUCUCUCUUCGAGCGGACGUGCAGGCAGUACGACAAACUACGAAAGCGCGAGGCCUUCCUGGAACAGUUUCGUAAAGAGGACAUUUUCAAGGAGAACUUUGACGAGCUGGACAACUCGCGCGAAGUGGUGCAGCAGCUGGUGGACGAGUACACGGCAGCGACGCGGCCCGACUACAUCUCCUGGGGCACGCAGGAGCAGUGACCCUUUUCAUUUCACUGGCUAUAGCUGCUGUUCUGGUAAUUAUUUAUUAGCAGGUUAUAGCAUGUUAUAAUAGGAUAGGCGGAGAAGAGACAGAGUCAUAUUAAUACCAACUCAUAUUAACCAAAGUGUUUCCUGGACAGCCAUAUUCUAGAGGAUCAUAACCCUAGUUGAUAUAAAAGUUCACCUAAUUAAUUGUUCAUUGCAAGUUUUAUGGGUUUGUUUUCUGAACUUCACCUCCUGCAGCUUCUUUCUUUCACCAACGUUGACCGGUUGCCUUGUUUUUCUCUAUUUUUAUACAGAGUUCAGUAGUUUUGUUGGAUUUACAGUAGUGUUUCUACCUGCCUAGGCUGGUAGGUAAUGUAGGAUUUGUUUUAGUUUUACUUCCACAGGUGAAUUGUACCAUCUGUCUUGCUGCUGACUCACAACGCCCAUGUCUUCACCGUUCAUGACCAACAAGAAUGUCGAGCCGUACUCUGACCCGGUGGUAACGUCAUUGUCAUUUGAACAGCUUUCGUCUUCUAAAGUAACAGCCUGUAAAUAUGCUUUAAAAAGUCUGAAAUGUAUUGCUCCUUAUUACUGUUUGUUGGACCUGUAAGAUGAAUAAACGUGUUUUCUAUCAUUGCA